UCCAAUAUCUCAUGAACUUGCAGCAGCCUUCGUGCUCUGUGCGGUUUACCGCUACCAGCCUUUGUACACAAGUGCAGUCUCAGCCUCCCAUCGCCAAGGUUGGAACUGUUAAUUCAGCAUCUCCCACAAUCGGUUGCCAAGAAAUAUCUGGUGCGGUUGGAUAUGCAGCAAACCAUCACUCGGAUAUGCCGGAUCAUGUACGGUCCAACCGCCUCCAACGUGCCACUUGUAGAUCUAGCUCAACGAACCCUUGAGGUAGAAUCGCGCUUAGGAAGCUUGAUAUUGGAGACAGCUGAUCCUUCUGGAAACGCUUCUGCACAUUCAGGGGAGACACAGGCUGAGGGUUGGGGCAUACAGGUCACACUGUACAUUCCCUUGCUCGAAGCCAUGGUCAGUAAUCGGCCUACGAGCCCACACAGGCUGGCCAAUCGCGAAUCCACAUCUAUGUUAGAAAUUACUGAAAAACUGGCUGUUUUCCUUUCAGGGGGGGAAAUCAACACCGCUCAGGAUCUCGCAGUGGAAGUCAUCAGAAUGUCAAAGCAAGGUCUGCUUGCCCUUAUGGAAAGCACUAAAGCACGAUACGGAGCAGGCAGCAUAGACGCUCUUGAUACUGACUUUUCCAACACCGGGUCUGAGACGAAGAACAACUUGCUACUCUUAGCGGCUGCCUGUUAUGACCCUCUUCUUUGCCGUUAUGUUCACAAAGCUCGUUUCGAAAUUCUAUUGUCUCAAGCGAUUAAACUCCAUUCGCCCACGAGCAACACUUGUCUGCUGGGAAGAGAUAUACUUGAGAGGAUCAGGCAAGAUCUCCUCGCUCCUGAAAUUGAGAUAUCAGCAGCCAUCGCUCUCUCAGCAAGACCUGAAAUAUCCUAGGUCGUAUAGCUCUCCAUCACCCGAGAAAAUAGCCGCUC